AUGAAAGAAAAAGGAGAAAAUUUCUAUCGUACAAAAGAGAAGCUGGUCCAGUGGAAGAUGCUCCGCGGAGGCAAGCCUGUCAGAGACUCGAAGGGAAACAUCAUAAAAGCAGCGCAGUUCCAGAGCCCAGUGGCAGAGCCGGGGAGAAUCCAGCACUCGAGAUCGUGGUUCUCCUCAACAAGAACAACAGAUCAGAGAGAGCUGGAGGCCUUUAGACAGGACUUAGCGAACACAGCAUCUGAUGCAUACAAGGUGAUACUCGACCAGGGAAAGGUGCCGAUGAGCUUAAUACAGGACAGCAAAGAGAAAGCAAUACGCCCCAUUAUCUCGUAUGAAGACACUUUUGGAAGAAAAGCCACGCGAAAGAAAGUAAAGCUCACAGUGACGUCAAUGGAAGAGCUCGCUAAAAAAGCAAAUGCCUCUGUUGGCGUAAAAGAAGAAAAAGAAAGAGAAAUGCUGGACAACAAAGACAGAGUCUAUCUGAAAGGGCAGAGCAGGAGAAUAUGGGCUGAGCUGUACAAAGUCCUGGACUCGAGUGAUGUGAUAGUCCACAUACUCGACGCAAGAGACCCCCUCGGAACAGAGUGCAAAAACAUAAAAAGAUACAUCAAUGAGCACAAACACAAACACCUGAUCUAUCUGCUAAAUAAGGUAGAUUUGCUUCCAACUGGUGUAACUGCCAAAUGGCUCGCGCAUCUUUCAAAAACCACGCCAACCCUCGCAUACCAUGCAGCAUCAAUUGACAGAAACUACGGAAAACAGAGUUUGCUGAAUUUGCUGAGACAGUUCGCAAAACUGCACCCGGAAAAAAAACAGAUCAGCGUGGGGUUUGUGGGAUACCCAAAUGUUGGAAAAAGCAGCAUCAUCAACACCCUCAAGUCCAAGCUCGUGUGCACAGUGGCUCCAAUACCCGGACAGACAAAAGUGUGGCAGUACAUCUCUCUCAUGAAGAGAAUCUACCUCAUCGACUGCCCAGGGAUAGUGCCUCCUGCAGAUAAAGACGAAACAGCAGUAGUCCUGAAGGGAGUCGUGCGGGUGGAGAACGUAACAUCGCCAGAAGACCACAUAGAAACGCUUCUGAAAAAAGCAGACAAAAAGCACAUUUUUAAUUUGUACGGGAUAGAGCCAAGCGGAGAUCAUGUGGAGUUUUUGGAGGCACUUGCCAAGAAGUCGGGAAAGCUGCUAAAGGGAGGCAUACCAGACAUAUCAGCUGUGUCCAAGACUGUCCUGCACGACUGGCUGAGAGGAAGAAUACCCUACUAUGUACUGCCGCCCGUCUCUGCAGAAGGCUCAGAGGAGAAAUAA